AUGGAUAAAGUAGAAAAACGUAGAAAAAUAAUAAUGAAGGCAUUUACUAAAUUUUUAAAAGAAGCCGUGGAAGAUGAAGUACAGCAAAAUUCUACAACUGCUAAACAUAGAAAUGUGCCUGGAAUUGAACAUUAUGUACCUCUUAAUACUUUUGAAACAUUAGUAUCUGCUGAUGGUUAUAAAGCAGAUUCUCACAUUGUAAUUACCACUGAUGGCUAUUUACUGACACUACAUAGAAUUUUAUCUCCUUCACCAAAUGUUACUAUCGGUAGAAACGGAAUUGUUUUACUACAUCACGGUAUUCUUGGCAGUUCAGAUGAUUGGAUAUUGCUUGGACCGAAAAAAAGUUUGCCUUAUUUACUUAUAGCAGCUGGAUAUGACGUGUGGCUAGUAAAUGCAAGAGGUAACAAAUAUUCAAGAACACAUAUUAAAAAGGAUGUCAAUGAUGAUACAUUUUGGGAUUUUUCGUGGCAUGAAAUUGGACUAUUUGAUUUAGCAGCUGUUAUUGAUUACAUUAAAGAUAGAAAUGAUAACGAUGUUCAAUUGAAUUUUAUUGGAUACUCCAUGGGAGCUACAGCCCUUCUGGUUCUCUUAUCCGUGUUACCUGAAUAUAAUUUCUCCGUUAAAAUUGCAAUACUGUUGGCACCUCUUGUAUUUAUGCACGAGGUGAAAGGCCCUCUCCAACUUAUAGCAGAGCAUUAUAAUUCCGAUACGCUACGCCUCCUUGGGAUACGGGAACACUCGCCUCUUCAAGAGCUACCUCCGAAUUUAGUGAAGUUAUUUUGUGAAGAUUAUACAAAUUUGUGUCACAACAUUUUGCUGUUAUUAGCGAACGGUGCACAAAAAGUGAACGAGGAGCUUUCAUCAAAAAUUCUUACUUAUACUCCAGGGGGAAGCUCUACAAAAACGAUUGUUCAUUACAUUCAGUCAAUUAAAAGUGGCCAAUUCAGAAUGUUUGAUAUGGAUAUCAAAAAGAAUUUCAUGAAGUAUGGCUCAUCUUAUCCACCAGCUUAUAACCUGCAAAAUGUUCGGUUGCCAAUAGUUCUGUUCUUCUCUACGGGAGAUUGGCUUUCAUCUGUUCCAGAUAUUGAAACUCUAUUGUCUUACUUACCAUACCUUAAACAUUACCAUAAUGUCGCAAGCAAUGAUUUUGACCAUCUUGAUUUCAUGUGGUCCAAUGAUGCAGAUGUUUUAGUUUAUUACAUAAUACUGGAAAUUUUGAAUCAAGCAAAAUAA